GGAGAAUCUGCCGAGGCAGGACGAGCAGUGCGAGGAGUGUGACUACAAAGGUCGGAAGGACAACUUGAAGCGUCACAAGGAUAAGAAGCAUAAGAAAUGAUGGAUAGGUAUUUUCCGGUUGUCAUCGAUGUCUGGUCACAUUCAUUGUUAUUUUCCAAGGGGGUUUUAUUUACCCCUGUUGCGUAUACUUCUUCUCGCUAUAUCUCUUCAUGUUGUUUCGCGUCGGUCACUUCACUUCCCCGAUUUCACCCUAUCACGCCACGUCACCAUUUCUACUUUCAAUACUUGUUCUACUUAAGCCCCCUGCUGCUCUAGAUUACUUCUACUUGCUUUCUUCUCUUCUCUCUCUGACGACGUUACGACUCAACUUUUUUCUAGUUUACUGCUUACCUGCCUACCUUAGUCAUGGCGUCUUCUCUGUUACUCUCGUGCGGUGCACCGUCGUUCAGUUCAAUAUACGACAAUACCCCUUUUCGUCGAGAAGUUUGAGAAGUCUGUGCGCGUGUGUUUGGAGUACAAAAUUGGCCCUAUACCUAGUUGUUUCUAAGCAUCCGGUAACUAUGUACCCUCGACCUAGGUACCUGCCUACAUAUAGGUCUCCCCCCUGUUUCCUGGAAUAUGUUCAGACAUAAGUUCGGUACAAACAUCCCUCGUACCUACAUUAGGCACCUAUGCAGCUUGGGAGAGACUCUACCAAACUUUUGUCGGGUUCCGGUCAUUCACAGUCUCACAAUGAAAUGGAAACGCGCGCCCGCCUAGAUUGAUGGCGAGUUCGACAGCAUGAACCGGCACGGAGACAACACAGUCCCACGGGCUGACCACUCCCGUUCGCAAUUGA